AUGAAAGUAAUAGAGAAGUGGGGAAGCAUCUACAAGUUGGGAGUUGAUGUUCCUGUACAGGACUGGAAGUCAACAGUUCAGAUAGUUAUGAAACCAACAUCACAGUGGCAUUUCAAGUUGCAAGUGUCCAAACGCAUCAUAAUUUCAAAAACUGAAACCGGUUAUGCAGUAAGAGGUGAAAGUUUCUAUAAGAAUGACAUGGACACCAACCAGUCGCUGCUGAGGAGAGGAAGAAAGUUGGACAUCAAACCAAACACUGUAGACAUUGGAAUGCCAUUGAAAUCGGAUAAGAAGAAGUGUAUCAGUAAUUUGAUUGCAAAACAUUACGGAAGUAAUUGGCGAAAUGAUAAAGCCUUAUCAUUUUUAAAAAGUGCCUUCGAUAAACUUCCUCUCCCAUCCACUUCAACCUCACGAGAUGGUAAUGAGGCCAAUACAGAGUUGUUUUGUUUAGAAGAAACUUUAGAUUUUGAUAUUUAG